AUGUCUCUUCAGUCGAAGCUUAAGUACGCUGUUCUCGGCCUGGGACGAAUGGGUGCUCGUCAUGCCCAGAACGUUGCAUUUCGUACUCCACGAGCGGAGCUCGUCGCAAUAUGCGAUCCCAGACCGUCAGCUCUGGAAUCAUCAGCAGACUCGCUCCCGUCUUCAGUGAGGCGAUAUACUGAUACCGAAAGAUGCUUGAGGGAGAGUGGAGCAGACGCAAUCUUAAUAGCCAGUGAAACCCGAUUACAUGCUAAGUUGGCCAUCGACUCGAUGAAUGCUGGUAAGCAUGUCCUACUUGAGAAGCCUAUCUCCAUCGAUCUUGAAACGUCGAGGGCUGUAGUAAGAGAAGCCGAAAAACACCCAGAGUUGAAGGUUAUGAUCGGAUUCAGCAGAAGGUUUGACGAAUCGUAUCGUGAGGUCAAGAAGAUGAUCGACACAGGCCGAUUGGGUCAGCCUCACCUGGUCAAAUCUGCAACUAACGACCAGCACGACCCUUCCGGAUUCUUUGUAUCAUAUGCCGCUGCGUCGGGGGGCAUAUUCAUAGACUGUGGUAUCCAUGAUAUCGAUCUGGCAAGGUGGUUUUUGCUGCCCCAAUCAGGUCCGGCAAAGGAGGUUCGAAGAGUCUUUGCCUUGGGUCACAGUGUACAACAUCCAGCUUUAGCCGAACACGACGAUGUGGACAAUGGGGUUGGUAUUGUUGAAUUUGAAAAUGGAGGGAUCUUAGUCGUUCACUGUAGUAGAACAAUGAAACAUGGACAUGACUGUGUCACGGAAGUCUUUGGAACGGAAGGAAAGGCCAUUGUCAAUGGCAAUCCUCAACUCAACCGAGUAGAGAUAAGGGAUAUUCAUGGUGUUAGAACGGAAUCGACCCCAACUUACUACGAGAGAUUCAGAGAAGCGUUUGUCAAUGAAGUCAAUGAUUUCACCGAUGUUGUCCUGGACAAUAAACCUCUUCCUGUAUCAUGUGUCGAUGCCCUCCAAGCCACCAGGAUCGCUGCAGCGCUUACGCAUUCGUUCCGAACCCAUCUGCCGGUUCACUUCGACGAUGCUGGAGAGCCGAUUCUAAGCUGA